CCUUAGAGAUGAAAGCCCAACACACCCAUUUUAUAGAAGGAGAAACUUGGGCUAUGGAGCGGGUGUGACUUUUCUCAGCUAGGCUCCAUUCCCUAGCCGUUCCGACAUCUCGUGGCAUUCUCUCUCCCUGGGAUUGUUCUUGCCUUUCAUCGGGGCUGUUCAGCUGACACAUAUCCAGCUUGUGGUCCACUAGGACCAUAUCAUUCCUUGAUACUGCUUACUUUUCUUUGGUGUCUCUUGACGACACAUGCUUUCUUUUCCUUGACGGCCUUCUUGAUCUUUCUUCUGUUAUUUCUUUUCCUUGUCACCCUUUUGGGCCAGAAGUUUGAGUUUUAACUUUGACUUACCUGAUGCCAGCUGCCUUCACCUUGAGUAAAAUUUCUAUAAGGAUUUAUUUACAAAGAUGUGUGCAAGAGGAUAAGAUUGAAUCUUUGCUCUGUAGCAAUUAUCAGACUAGACUCUAGUUAGAGGCGACACAGACAUGGAAUAGCAGGAGAGCCAGACAGGACAAUCUCAAGCUCAGUUUGGAGGUAGGGUGGGAGGGCAUGUCACAGCUUCCGCUGUGGGCUGAGUGGGGCUGGUCCCCCUCCCUUCCACCCCAAGCCCUUUUUUGGGUUACACCCCUGACCUGCUAUUCUCUGCUUUCCAGGGCUGUGGGCAGCCCCUUGGUUAUGGACCCUACCAGCAUCUGCAGGAAGGCACGGCGGCUGGCCGGGCGGCAGGCUGAGUUGUGCCAGGCUGAGCCGGAAGUGGUGGCAGAGCUAGCCCGGGGCGCCCGGCUCGGGGUGCGAGAGUGCCAGUUCCAGUUCCGCUUCCGCCGCUGGAAUUGCUCCAGCCACAGCAAGGCCUUUGGACGCAUCCUGCAACAGGAUAUUCGGGAGACGGCCUUCGUGUUCGCCAUCACUGCUGCCGGCGCCAGCCACGCCGUCACGCAGGCCUGUUCUAUGGGCGAGCUGCUGCAGUGCGGCUGCCAGGCGCCCCGCGGGCGGGCCCCUCCCCGGCCCUCCGGCCUGCCCGGCACCCCCGGACCCCCUGGCCCCGCGGGCUCCCCGGAAGGCAGCGCCGCCUGGGAGUGGGGAGGCUGCGGCGACGACGUGGACUUCGGGGACGAGAAGUCGAGGCUCUUUAUGGACGCGCGGCACAAGCGGGGACGCGGAGACAUCCGCGCGUUGGUGCAACUGCACAACAACGAGGCGGGCCGGCUGGCCGUGCGGAGCCACACGCGCACCGAGUGCAAAUGCCACGGGCUGUCGGGAUCAUGCGCGCUGCGCACCUGCUGGCAGAAGCUGCCUCCGUUUCGCGAGGUGGGCGCGCGGCUGCUGGAGCGCUUCCACGGCGCCUCACGCGUCAUGGGCACCAACGACGGCAAGGCCCUGCUGCCCGCCGUCCGCACGCUCAAGCCGCCGGGCCGAGCGGACCUCCUCUACGCCGCCGAUUCGCCCGACUUCUGCGCCCCCAACCGACGCACCGGCUCCCCCGGCACGCGCGGUCGCGCCUGCAAUAGCAGCGCCCCGGACCUCAGCGGCUGCGACCUGCUGUGCUGCGGCCGCGGGCACCGCCAGGAGAGCGUGCAGCUCGAAGAGAACUGCCUGUGCCGCUUCCACUGGUGCUGCGUAGUACAGUGCCACCGCUGCCGUGUGCGCAAGGAGCUCAGCCUCUGCCUCUGACCCGCCGCCCGGCCGCUAGACUGACUUCGCGCAGCGGUGGCUCGCACCUGUGGGACCUCAGGGCACCGGCACCGGGCGCCUCUCGCCGCUCGAGCCCAGCCUCUCCCUGCCAAAGCCCAACUCCCAGGGCUCUGGAAAUGGUGAGGCGAGGGGCUUGAGAGGAACGCCCACCCACGAAGGCUCAGGGCGCCAGACGGCCCCGAAAAGGCUCUCGGGGAGCGUUUAAAGGACACUGUACAGGCCCUCCCUCCCCUUGGCCUCUAGGAGGAAACAGUUUUUUAGACUGGAAAAAAGCCAGUCUAAAGGCCUCCGGAUACUGGGCUCCCCAGAACUGCUGGCCACAGGAUGGUGGGUGAGGUUAGUAUCAAUAAAGAUAUUUAAACCACUA